AUGUCCCCGUUACGAGUCGCAUUGCCGUUGGUGCUGCUGUUCACUGCAGCUCAUAGUCAUCCUUAUGACCUCAGGGCUAGAACCGGAGUGACUGUAUCCAACACUCAAAGCUCGUUGACUUUCGUUUACCAAAACAAUCUCAAUGCCUCCGACGACGUCAAUCAUGUCGGCGCAAUUCUCCUUGAUCCUAUGACAGCGAGUGCUGGGUCGGCGGCUUGCGGAGCCUUGAGUGAGACUCUUUUGACCCAAGCUACCAUCCAGAAUUACAGUUCCGACUUCGCUUCUGCGCUGUCCUACCUAGCAUUCUCCGGCAGAGUAUCGCCCAACCAAGCGUACCAUAUUGCAGGAGGAAAUGUGCAAGUUGCGCAGCAGUCACAAUUGGUCUUCCAAGCUUCGGCACAGAACAACUCGGCGCUUCCUGUCCUCUGCACACAGUCCAGCAGAGCCAGUGAACCACCGGACUCCACGGCCAGUACGUCAAAUGAACUUGCUGUAGCAGCAGCAGGCAACGUUUACGUCGGAUAUCGGAACCAGAAGUCAUUCCGAUUCCUGGGCAUCAGAUAUGCCAAUCCACCACAAAGAUUCCAGUACUCUCAGAAAUAUACUGGGACUGGCAAGACGGUGAAUGCCACGGCUUACGGCUCUGAAUGUGUUCGAGUUGGAGGUGGAAGCGAAGACUGUCUCUUCCUGAACAUUCAAACCCCUUAUCUUCCAGUAGCGGGAUCUACAAAGGGCUUACGACCUGUCCUAUUCUGGAUUCAUGGAGGCGGCUUUACUGGUGGCACUGGAGCCGAUCCUUUGAGCGAUGGCGGGAAUCUAGCGUCAAGAGAAGACAUUGUGGUUGUUACCAUCAACUACCGUCUCUCGACAUUGGGGUUCCUUGCAAUUCCCGGCACAGAUAUCAAAGGCAACUUUGGCAUAGGCGAUCAGAUUGUGGCCCUGAACUGGACCGUCCAGAAUAUCGCCAGCUUCGGAGGCGACCCAAAGAAAAUAACGAUAAUGGGCGAGUCUGCAGGUGCAGGCUCCGUGAGAACUCUGCUUGGUAGCCCACCUGCAAUUCCCUUGUUUCAAGGCGCCGUCGCUCUGUCCAACCUCGGAGGUGGUGUGGACUUGGGUCUCGAAAGCAACUAUGGUACCACAUACUCUUCCUACUUGACGAUCAACGAAUCAUACACCCUAGCCGGUCCCCAGAUCUUUAAUGGCUCCAACUGUACACAACCGACCUUGAGCGGCAACAUUACGUGUCUGGAGAAGCUCAACGCUACCGACCUGGUCUCACUCGAGACUGUGGCUCGAUACGUGGUCCAAGAUGGCACUAUCGUCAACACACCAGAGCUUGACGUGGUCAACCGCAAUGGAAGCGCGGCAUACGUGCCCAUCAUCUUUGGCAUUGCAGCAAAUGAUGGGGCCUCCUUCUCCAACAUCUCGCCUACACCGAUCAACAACGAAACGGCAGGUCUUAUGUACGGACUGGGCAUCAACGCAUCGUACGCCCAAGCCAUCAUCCAGUCCGGUCUCUUUCCGUACCAUGAUACCGGCAACGUGACAUUUGAUGCGUUCAACGUCACUCAACGCGUCGCGACGGACAAUACGUUCCGAUGCAUCGAUCAAGCCACCGUCUACGCUGGUGCGAAGACCGGUACAUUUCCCGCCACAUAUUACUACCAGUUCGAGCGGACCAUCAAUGGAUAUAAUCCCGAGAACGUGGCCGGGGCACCUGUCACACCAGGGUAUCCAUAUGGAAACCCAAAUCUGCCGUACUUCAAGCUUCAUGGCGCGGAUAUGGACUGGCUGUUUGGUAACUUCUACGUCCCGCUGCGUGAUGCGAACGACCUGUACUCGGUCCAGCUGGUCAGCGGCUAUUUCGCGGAAUUCGUUAAGAGCGGACAGCCGAACCCUCCGAUCGAAUACCUCAGGGCGAGAGGAUAUACGAAGACUUUGCAAGGCGUCCAGGAGUCUGGGCCAUGGCAGAAGGUCAGCAGCGCCACGGGGCCGAUCAAGCACCUUGAUUAUCCCGCAUAUACGGGGAAGUUUGUGGAUGUACCCCAGUGCGCGUGGUUGAAUUACAGCAUCAGCUAUUACCUCGAUCAGUAA